AUGCUGCUUCCUGUGGUAUUGUGUGCAGUUCUGCUAAUGGGGAGCGGUAAAGUUCAAGAUGAUGAAUGGAUUGACCCCACGGAUAUGCUCAAUUACGAUGCAGCAUCAGGAACAAUGAGAAGACCUUACAAGGCAAGCUAUCCUGACUCUGAGGAUAAGACUGUGGAUACAGUCGGUACUGAAAUCUUAUCGCGUUGUUCGAGGGAACUAGAUUCCUUGCAACAGAAGGUUGCAGAUUGUGAGAGGAGGAAUGCCAAGUCACGUGAAAGCCGUAGCUUUUACAUUUUUAAGCGAUACUUGAACAAGAUUUUAAAUGAAGCUGGAAAACUUGGCCUUCCUGAGGAAAACGUGGGCCACGUCCAUUACGAUGCUGAGAUCAUCCUGACGAGACAGACAUAUUUGGAGAUCCUCAGGUUUCUCAAUGAGGAGACUUGGCAAUCAGGUGCUGUGGAUGAUGCACUUAGUGAUAUUUUGAUCAAUUUUAAGCACCAUGAUUAUACAGCCUGGCGCUGGAGAUUUGAAGACACUUUUGGAAUUGAUCUAUAUAAUAUGUUUCUGAUACUCUUGUGCUUAGUGUGCAUUGUAAUUGUAAUAGCUACAGAGCUCUGGACACGCAUUCAUUGGUUUGUUCAGCUAAAACGUGUUUUAUUAAUAAGUUUUCUCAUCAGUUUUGCAUGGAAUUGGCUUUACUUGUAUAAGCUGGCCUUCGCACAGCAUCAAGCAGAAAUCGCGAAAAUGGGGCAGUUUGAUAACAUCUGUGCUGAGAAGUUGGACUGGAGGGAAAGUCUUAUUGAAUGGCUCAGAAGUAAAUGGACGUUUCAGGACGAUCCCUGUCAGAAGUACUAUGAAACUCUACUAGUAAAUCCUGUUUUGCUGGUUCCACCGACAAAGGCAUUAGCAAUUACUUUCACUAACUUUGUAACUGAGCCUUUGAAGCACGUGGGACAAGGUAUUGGUGAAUUCAUCAAGGCACUCAUGAAGGAGAUACCAUUUAUUCUGCAGGUUCCGGUGCUAAUUAUGAUGGCUCUGGCUGUCCUGGCUUUCUGCUAUGGUGCAGGAUCAUCAGUGUCUAUGUUAAGAUACUUAACAUCUUUUCAGAAGAGAAGUCUUCCUCCACCUGACAGUCAGCAGGAGAAAAUAGACUUUGGGCAAUAUGAUGGGAGUAAAUCAGAUGGCCAUUACUCGAAGAAGCUUCCUUACUAUGGAGGACCUCAUGACAGAGGAGAUGCUCCUGUGAGACCAAGAAAUGGCAGCACAAGUCCUGACAUCGUGCAUACAAGUGAUGGGCCAGAUAAGCAAGUAGAAGAGUCUCACAAACCAGAACCUGGUAAUAGAUUGCACACUGAGUCUGGAGUUUAUAGACUAGAAACUAUCACAGCUGAAAACCUUACUGAAGAACAUGCACUUGAGCCGCAGAAACAGGAGACAGGCAAAGCAGAGCGAGAGACUGGAGAAAACUAUGAUCCCAAUAAAAACCUAGAAGGGAAAAGUUCUCCAGUAGAACCAUGUGAAGAGAAGAAGAGGAGCAGUUCGUGUGACUCACAGGAAGGAGACUAA